CUGUGUGUGUGGCGUUCCUUUUCGGAGCACCACAGGUGCUCGGUGCCUUUCCAUCGCAAACACUACAAUGGCGCAGUCGACAUGCGUUUUGAAAGCCUUCCACCCUCCGCCGCUCGCCAACGGCAACCAGCAGCCAUGAAGCAAAUCAUCGGCAACACCAGAUGCGGCGAUACCCUUUCGGUCCGCUUGCAUCGCGCCCUCGCUCUUCGGCAGCCCUCGCUCUUAGCGCAUUGCCGCUUAUCGCGCCGCAGAUAGCGAGCCACCGCCCCCAGGAAGGUCAGCGAAACGCCAGGUGAUAACGUAACGCCACACAGCUGCGACAUGGCCGACUUGAUAGGAAAGCCGCCCGGGUUUUGGAACCAUCCGGGAACACCAACAGUACCGUGGACGCGGUGGCUUGAAGAUUUUGAAACUUAUUUGCUUGCCGCUGGCGGCGAAAGUUUUUCCGCGGAACGCAAAGCCGCACUGCUGAAAACACUGCUUGGAGCCGAAGGUCAGAGGCAGGCACGGGUUGCACUCGCCGCGGCAUCGGAAACGCCGGGAUCAACCAAAGACGCCUACUCCUCAUUGGUGCAAACGCUAACGGCCAAGUUCAGCCCUCCAGAGGCAGUAGCCACAGCCAGACUCUCGUUUCGGAACCUCACGCAAGGCGAGUCUCCACCCCAGGAUUUUCUCUUCGAAUUGCAAGAUACAGCUAACCAGUGCGACUUCGGUGAACUGAAGGACCAGAUGCUGCUCGAACAAUUACUCAUUGGAUUGACCUCUACGCGACUACGGGAACGGUUGCUUGUCGAGGAGGCCACGCUUACGUUUGAGAAGGCCGUGAAGAUCAUCAACGAAGCCGACCGCGUCCAGCGUCGCCUCAAAGAAUAUGAGCCUGAAGUGCUUGUACAGCUAAACACAGCGCCACAUCAAAGUUCGGCGCAGCGCCGUCCUUUGCCGCGGGUUGUCACACCUUCUACCGAGCCUCGCCCUUGGCAACUCGCUGCACCUUCGUCGACGUGUCAGCAUUACAACCGGCCACCCAAGUCUGCAACUGGCUGCCCCAACUGUGGCUAUCAGCAUGCUCCUACUCAGAACUGCCCCGCGCGCGGCAAGGUUUGCUACCAGUGUUCCAAGAGGGGACAUUUUGCCACUGUGUGUCGCAGCAGACCCUUCGCGCGGUCGCCACCAGCAUGGCAUCAGCAAGCCUCCAGUCCCUCCAGGCCUAGGCGUUCGGAUCACGCCGAGUCUAUGGCCCUGUCAGACACCCAACCGGACCUCCGCACACCGGGAUUUUACGCCGAUGUUGAGGCGACAGCCUUCAAUGCUGCGGCACCAGCACACAGCCAAUUCCAGUGAAUCCCGAGUUUUCUGCGGGCGCACCGGCCUCGCCUCCCCGUGAGUUGCCACGAGUGCCAUCUAAC